UUCACUUGAAACUUAUUCGUAAAAACUAUAUUUUAUAAAUUUAAUACAUUAACUUAGUUUCUAUUUGUUAAAAAUGAUUACAUCGCCUGUACAGCAUCUUGACGAAAAUGACGAUGAAGACUUGGAUAUGCUACGAAAAAUUGCUAUGGAAUCACUGAAAAGAGGUCGUGAAAAUGAAUUUCCACAAGAACAUCAGUUUCAAAAUGUACAGCCAGUUUUUCCAAAUCAACAAGAUAUAAUUCCUUACGAGAAUAAUGAAGUGCCGUUUCAAAAUGGUCCAUUUCCAACAUUAACAAGACCACACAGAAUGCCAGGAAAUCCUCAUUUUAUGCGUCCUCGAUUCAAUAAUUUUGGUCCAAGACAUCCAAUUAGACCAUUCAUGCAACGUGGAAUGCCUCAUCGUUUUCCACCACAGCCUAUAAUUCCGGAUUUUGUGCCUAUACCACAUGUAAAUCCACAGUUUUUGAAUCAACAACCACCACAGCCACAAAUAUUUCCACCAGUAAUAAAUGAAUUUCCAUUGGAUUAUGUUCCAACGCCUGUAGUUCGCUUAUCGCCACGAAGUGCUGAAUUUAUUGCUGCAAAUGAACAAGCCAUGAAAAAAGCUAGUUCAAAAAGAUAUUCUAGGUCACCCCCACCAAGACGCAGGCGCUCACGUUCUGGAUCUCCAAUUCGUCGAAGAUCACGUACAAGAAGUCCAUAUAAGCGACGUUCACCAAAUGAAAAUAUGAGUCGUAAAAGAUACAGAUCUAAAUCUCCAGAAAAUCGAUUAUUUAAGAGUCGAAACAAUUCACCAAAAGUUGAUAAAAGAUCCAAAAGUCCUCAAAAUCGGUCACAAUCACCGAGAAAUGCUAGAUUUGCACGCAGAGGAAGAGAUAACAAUAGAUUUAAUAAUGGAAGUAAUGGAAAUGGCAGAUAUAAUCGUAAGAAAAGUGAAAGCGAUAAAGAGGAUGAAAAGCCUGAACAGAAUCUUUCACAAUCAAAGCCCAAAGAUGAGUCUAUUAAAGUCAAGGAAGUUGAUUCAAAAGAAAAGAUUGAUGUGAAAAAGGAAGUGAAAAUUACAAAAACAAAGUCAUUGACUCCAGCACCAGAAGAAAAAUCUACAACGCCACCACUUUUGCCUACAAAAAAGGAAAAAACUGAACAAGAAUUGGAAGAUGAGCUGCUUGCGUCCACAGAUGAGGAAGAUGGAGAUCAAUUGGAUAUAAACAUGGAUGAUAAUGAGCUGGAUUUUCUCAAUGAUGAUAGUGAGUCUGAAAAUGAAGGUAGAUUUAAAAGCAAACCAAGUGCGAAUGUUAAAUCAUCAUCAACUAUACCAAGUAGGCACAAUUUUGGCAACUCAAGAGCUUAUGACAGAGGCAAAUAUUCAUCAUCUCGACACGAUUAUAAACGUGACGAUAAAUACAGCCAUUCAAGACGAAGAGAUCAUGCAAAUCGUAGAAAUACACCCGAUUUGGACUCACGUAGAAAGUCACCAACAGACCGAAAGCCAAUUGUUUCAAAUAAGGACAAAGAUGAUGUAAAAAGUAGCACCGAGUCAGAGAGAAAGCCAAUGUUUAAGUCGACAUUCAAGUCUAUUGACUCCGCAGAAAAGAAAGCAGAAUCUACAGCAACAAAAAAGAGUGAUUCGCGUCCUGCCUUAGUUCGAAGCUAUGUGAAUAAACCAGAUGUAGUAGUCGAGAAGUCAUCGGUGAAGUCAGUAAUAACACUAAGCGAGGAAUCGUCAUCAAAGACUGGUAAACGGAAGAUAAUGGAGCGUCUCGGGGAGUUUGUUGGAGCGAAAGGAAAAAAUGACGGUAACAGAUCUCGAGCAUCGAAACAGGUAUCAAUCAAUCACAGAUUUGCUAAUAUUGAAAAUUUCAUUGUUCCUCUAGUCUUAUUGAAAGGUCAAAGAAUCCUAUCAGGAAUUAAUAAUUUUUGGAAUGUGCCUCUAAUAUCUUUCUGUCACUCAAUUAGCUCAUUGACGAUUUUUAAUUGGGGAUGAUAAGUUCCAUCAAAAUAGCUUUAAUUCCUGAUAAUAAACAUAAUUGCUGUUCUGGUAUUUAUUUGAUAUUCUACUGAAUUAAAUCGCAGCUUAUGAACUGGAUAUAAUAGAAAGAUAUUAGACUCGACAUCCUUAAUGCAAUGGAAAAUUAUUACAUUCCAAAAAUUCAAUAGAUUGUAGUUUUUAAGGCUUCAUGACUGAUUUAUUUUGAAAUAGUAAUUAAAUAACCA